UACCGUCGUAGUAUCGUGUCACAUAUUUUAACAAUUUAUUCAUUUGUGUCGCAUUUAAAAAGGAAUUUUAUGUGAAUUUGUGUUCUGUUGUGUUUGUUACGUUUGAUUUGAUAAGUGUUUGUGUUUGGGAAAAUUUAGUGGAUAAUGACACAUCAGGGAUUUGAGGAGAGAGGAACGGAUACAUAAAAGAGUGCCCCAUAAACGCGUGAUGGGAUGAUAUCAUCUGAAGGGCAGCCGUGCCUUAAUGGGGCCCGCCAGAACAACAUUAGACCCCAUGCCAGGAGAAGGCUGGACAACGUCCAUCUGCAGGACAGCUUGUAUCGGAGCAAUUCGAGUUUGGACCUGACACCGGAACACAUCAGGAACGGUGCAAACAGAGACAACAGCAGCAGGAGGUCACCAGGAGAUAGCAGACCUGGUGCGUUGAGGCGUCAAUAUGGUUCCCAAGGUUCAAUAGACAUACUGAGCACAUCCGGUGGUUCGAAUGCAGGCGGCGACGGUUUCUUUUCUAUGCUGCAGGGCUGCACCAGGCCUAACGAGCAGCACAGAUCCACAGGGUCAUCAACCGAAUACCUGCGAGUAAGACUGUCAACAAUAUCAACACCACAUUCAUCCCAUAUUACAACUGUGACUUCGUCCGGUCAUCAAACGGAAUGCGACGGUAUCAGGAAGACAACUUUAACAUCUAUUCAUCAGCAGACGUCAUCUUUGCACAGGAACAGCCUUCCAUGUCCACCUCCUGCAGGACCAAGCCCGAAACUAAAACACAAAUUACAAAGGCUUUGGCCAUCAUCCAACGGUAAACAGAAAGUUAAUUCAAGUAAAAUGGCAUCACCGCUUACACAAACACCUGGCGAUGAUUUGCCGACUGUGACUUCAUCAGGAUCAUGUGCUGUUACAUCGAGUUCUGCUGAUAUGGAGGAGAGACAAAGGAGACGAGCAUUUGCACAUUACGACUGCCAAUCGUUAACAGUAAAUCUAGGUUAUGCUGCCAAACUGAGAGGAGUCCUUUUAGCCAGACGAAGGAACACGACUACAGGAGCAUCGGCCGCUUCUCAGCCUUCUCGUGACGUCACCAAUGGUGAUGCAAGUGAUGCAAAUGCAAGUGACGAUGAAGCCACAAGUGGUGGACCAUCUAAUCAAUUGCUGCAGGCUUGUGUCUACUUUCGGAACGAAAUUGGAGGUGAGAAAGAGCGUGAGGUGUCUUUAUCCCGGUCAUCGGGUUCCGAUGGGCCGCAUUUGCCACGUUUGGCUUAUGGUGUCAGUGUUUUGGAACCACCAACAUCUGGUGAUGUCAGUAGUACUUUGUGGAGAGGAGCGGCUUGUCCUUACCAGAGGGGCAUCAGGCCGAUCGAAACUAGAGACGAUGGUGCUAUGUAUUAUAGAAGAUACUUUUAUGGAAAAGAACAUCAAAACUAUUUUGGAACGGAUGAGCAGCUUGGUCCAGUGGCGGUUUCGGCAAGAAAAGAAGGCACCCGUUGGCGGUUGAUUGUACGAACCGCCGAUCCGAGGGCACUUAGGGGUUCCUUAUGCACCAGCACUGCCGGCACCGCAAAGGAAUUGCUGGAAUAUGUAACGCCUGAACUCCAAUUAUCAUGUUUGAGGUUGGGCAUGCAGACACCUCAAUGUGAAGAACAAUUACUAAAGCUCGAUGAACAAGGUUUGACCCAUCGGUAUAAAGUUGGUGUCAUGUACUGCAAAGCAAAUCAGUGUUCCGAGGAAGAGAUGUAUAAUAAUAGGGAAUCCGGACCUGCUUUUGAUGAAUUUUUGGAAACAAUCGGGCAGAGAGUACGGUUGAAGGGUUUUGAAGCAUACAGAGCCGGUUUAGACAAUAAAACAGACAGCACAGGGACGCAUUCAGUAUACGCAGUACAUCGAGAUUGUGAAAUCAUGUUUCACGUAUCAACUUUGUUACCUUUUACUCCAAACAAUCGACAACAGCUUCUACGGAAACGGCAUAUUGGAAACGACAUUGUCACUAUUGUAUUUCAGGAGCCUGAUGCUCUACCGUUCACACCAAAGCAUAUCAGAUCUCAAUUUCAACACGUAUUCAUCGUGGUACGAGCUAUCAAUCCGUGUUCUGAAAAUACACAUUAUGCAGUUGCUGUCACUAGAUCGAAGGAAGUUCCUAUAUUUGGACCACCAAUCCGAGAAGGCGGCGUUUAUCCUAAAGGAGCAGCUUUUGCUGACUUUCUUUUGGCUAAAGCAAUCAAUGGUGAAAAUGCUGCACAUCGUUCUGACAAAUUCGCCACCAUGGCUACGAGGACGAGGCAGGAGUAUUUGAAGGAUCUCGCUGCUAAUUAUGUAACCACUACAGCUUUGGAUACUGGACAGAAAUUCUGUAAGGAUAAAAUACAAAACUAGUGGUCUUUGGGGGCUCACCAACGGGGUGCCAUUUGUUGGCAGUUACUGCUUGUCGACCCAGGACGAUCUCAGCCUGUCGAUUGUUUUUUGGGAAUCAGCGCCGAGACUUUUGUGCUGCUGGAAGAAGCUACGAGGAGGAUUGUUUUUGUUACACCGUGCAGAAACAUACUAGGUUGGUCUACGACAAAUCAAUCCAGUGUCCUUCGAGUUUACCACCACCAAGGCGAAUGUGUCACCCUAAGGGUUCGUGGAGCUGAUGACAGAAGCGAUGAGCAGACUGAAAUCAUGGCCAGGCUGAGGGCUGUUACGGGUGGUCAAUUGGCACAAGAAUUGACCAUCGGACGUAACAGGAACGGACAACUUGGUUUUCAUGUGCAACCUGAUGGUGUUGUCACACAGGUGGAGCCAAAUGGUCCGGCCUGGUCAGCAGGCUUGAGAAGAGGUGCACGACUUGUAGAAAUCUGUCAUGCAGCAGUUGCUACGUUGGCUCAUGACCAAACAGUGGAUUUAUUAAAGACUUCGGUUCUGGUGACAGUGACGGCGGUGCCUCCUGGACCUGGAGGAGUUGCCAGGAGGGGUUGUGAUUUGGCACAGUGUCGAUACAACGCAGGUUAUUACGAAAGUGAUUACGAGAAUGCUUUGUCGCCGUCUUCUUCCAAUGUUUUAUUGAAUUCCGAAGAGGAUCCUGGUGAAGUUGGUGGUUUUGCAAAGGCUUCGUCGGGGGACACAAAAAGGGUGCUCAGAUGCAAUUGAAGUAAUCAUAGAAGGAAAUACGAAAGGAGCUUCUCCCCGCCGAGGUCGAGUAAUAGUUCGGGAUACGGAACGGGUAGUAGCAGUAAGUCCUUCAGCAACGACCCUCGAUACAUAACCCAAUCCUCCCAUCAGCAAUGGUACGAAACAAUACCACCAGACGACCAACAACCACACAGUCAGUCUAUGCAGCAGCAACAGCAGCACUUUCAACAACCAUUAAAUUCACAAACACCAUCCCCAAUUGCCAGUACUUUAAGUUCCCCGAAUAGCACUCCACAGAAACACCAGAGACUGCACGCCACCAGCUCCUUACCAUUGACCAACAUGAGUUUAUCGUUGGUUGGUGUUGAUUUCGACAGUGAAUUGUUAACCAGGGGAAAGGACAAUGAUUCAAGGAAAGGUUCGAGUGAAGUUUUAUCUGGUCAGAGGUUAGAAGAUAUUUAUGCCAAGCCCAUGAAAAUUAAGCCUAAACCAGACCAAGAUGAUAGGCGGGUGGUUAAACCUUUAGGUGAUAUCUAUAAGUCUUCAAGCGAGGUUUAUGCAAGGCCUAUGAUUACAGCAACAGCAACCUCGCAUAGUGACGAUGAGUUUUUGUCCAGGAAGAAUGAAGUACGACCAAUGCCCAGGGUUGCUAAUAUCGAGUACUUGAAUAAACUUGAAGCACCCGCUGCUGAACUUGUAGGAGAUUCAGUGAGCACUAACAACUCACCACAGUUGAAAAGAUCGACAAAAAUCCGGGGAACUUUGACACCCAGAACAGGGAAAUCCCAGGCGCGUAACGGGAUUCAAUCACGAUACACAAACAGGCAUAGUGCUAAUUUAAACAGCACUUUACAAGAAGACUUAAUGAGACUGAUCAAUCCUGAUUACAGCCCUGAUGCUAAGAAGAAAGAAAGUUGUUCCAUGGUUAAUAUAUCGUCUAUAGCGAAAGAAUCGCGGAAGCAACAACUGUUCAUCGAAGAACAACCAGCUUUACCACAAUCUUUAUCCAAUUUAUCAAUACACGACAACAAGACUUUAUCCUUGAGCCACUUUCGGGAUGACACAUUAAUACCUCGAAAAGUUGACAGUGAACAAAUUACUUCAACUUCAACAGCACCCGUGAUCUCAACUAAUACUUCGGGUGCAUCUCAGCUUGGCCACGAAAUAAAGAUGUCAAAGGAAGAGAGGUUGUCACCCAGAGUUAUGACGACAAGCUCCAAAAGAAAUCUAGGAACUCAAAAAGCCUCCAUCAAAAGUGUGUCGAUGAAGUGUGAGGAGGACAAGGAGCAGGAAUUGGAUUGGACGAGCUUGGUGGACACUGCCAAUAGGGCCAUGUUACAGGUGAAGGAAGACUCUACGAGGUUAGCAGGAGACUCGAGCGAACAAAAUAAAUAUAAUAAGAGAUUGAACAACUGUAAUGGGGUUGUAGAAAAUGCUAAGGCGAAAUUGGCAAUUGCUAAUGAACAAGGUUCACAUGUCCACAACCAAGUCACAGAACUAGAAAGCAUCGUAGCACACGAAACAACAAUGAGACUAAGUCUAGAAGACGAGGUGAGGAGGUUACGUGAAGAGAAUCGAAGACUCCAAGACGAAAGUCAAACGGCAGCACAACAGUUGCAAAGAUUCACCGACUGGUUUUUCCAUACAAUACACAAGUAACAGAAAUAGAAUCGAACAACCGUGUGGGGUAGGUCAUGACAUGAAAGAAGAUACAUUUACUUAUUUUAUAUUUUUAUGGCUAAAAACAUUACAAAACUUAAAGUAUUUAUAGGUAAUAGACAAAACGAUAAUGAUGUAAUAUAAUUUAUUUGUGGGAUGAUUUAUAGAAUGAGUGAUAAGGUAAAAAUUAAUAUUAGUUUUAAUCAAAUACUUCUAUCGCUUUAAUAAAAAUCACUUACUAUGAUAAGACUUAGACAAAUGCAUCUAUAUAGUUAGUUAUAGGUAUUAUAAUAUUAUGAAAGUUUAUUGUAAGUUUUAAAAGCCCCUAGAAAUAUGUGGAUAGUAGGGGCUUACGGCUAAAGUGAAUGGACCAAUUCGUAUACUGUGAUUUAAUUGCCUUCUUUGAUUAACUUCUGUUAUUGGAUAAUGGAGAGAUAAUGAUAGAGAUAUAACUGGAUGAGGUUCGAUAUAUAUAAUUA